ACAAUGCACGCCUAGAUAUUGUUUACGGUUAUAUUGUUAAUUAGAAAUCAGUGUUAGAAAUGCAAACUAAAGGACCUUUUGUAAAUGUUUAUUUAACAGUCGCUGUUAGCGAAUUAGCUAAAACCGUAUAGAUCCGGUCAUAUAAUAUUUGUUAUGAUAAGAUUUGAGCUGCAAAUGAGGACUCUCAUAAAUCGCGAUAGGUUAUACAGGUAACCGACGUUCUCGAGCUUAAUCAGCUGUAAAACUGCCCAAAUAAUAUUCGAUUGAAAGCCAAAGAAUUUCAAGACAGAAAAAUGUCCCUUCGCAUCAGAUUAGCUCGUAGUCGACCCAUCAGACUACUUGGCGGUAUAGCUAAGAAGUGUUGGGCAUUUUCUGGAGCUUAUGUACUGGCCUGUUUCCUCCUCUAUUGGCUUUACGGUGGAAUCUUUGCAUUUUUUCUUCUGUGCUUUGCUAUCACAGGUAUCUUGUAUCACACGGAGGACAAACUUCUCUAUCAUCCCGAAUUACCUCCACAUUCACGAGUCUACGUUCCUGCUCCGUCCAUGUUUAGCUUGCCUUACCAAAGUGUGUAUACCAGAUCGGGAGAUGGGACAAUGUUGCACAUGUUUUUUAUAUCGCAGACAGAAGAAAAGGCCAAGAAGGUGCCUACGCUUUUAUUUUUUCACGGAAACGCCGGCAACAUGGGACACAGACUUCAGAAUGUCGCAAGGUUAUACCGUAAAUUGGGAUGUAAUAUACUUAUGUUAGAGUAUAGAGGAUACGGAUUAUCUCAAGGCUCUCCAUCCGAAGAAGGCCUUUACAUGGACGCCAGAGCCGGACUAGAUUAUUUGUCCACUCGAACUGACAUCAAUAACGAUGAAAUUAUAGUUUUUGGAAGAUCUUUGGGCGGUGGCGUGGCUAUUGAUUUGGCGAUGAGGCCAGAUUAUGCAAAAAAAAUUUGGUGCCUCAUUUUAGAAAAUACUUUUACCAGUAUACCGGACAUGGCAUCACUGCUCAUUGGCUCUAAGAUCCUUCAGUACCUUCCCUUAUUUAUCUAUAAAAAUAAGGUACGUGUACAAAUAUUAAUUGUAAUGCUCAAUGGAGAUACAAAAUAUCUGCUCCCUUUCAAUGACAUAUUUCUUAUUUCUUCUCUAGUAUAUGUCACUACAAAAAAUUGGCUCUGUCACGGUACCUACGUUAUUUAUCUCCGGCCUAGCGGACACUCUGGUACCGCCUUAAUAAUAAUAAUAAUAAUAAUAAUAAUAAUAUUACUACUACUACGUAAUUGCGCAGCGUAACUGUCGUCAAGUCCACAGAUCAGGUUUGCGAAUUUUUUUAACGUCCUAAAUAUAUUUUGUGUAGAUAUGUAAUAUCAAAAGUAUUGUAGUUAAAAUAAAAUGUCGUAAGGCACAUUGUCAUGAUGCUAUGAACGCAAGUUACGUAUCCUUUUCACGCAAGUAUAUGUAUACUUAGAAAUAAUUUUAAUUUUAGAACAGUAAUAAUACGCAGAUUUGGUUGACCCUCCUGUUUGUUUUCGGACUUUGCCAAAUUCGAUUCUUAUUAAUCGAUUACUUAAUAUGACGAUACAAUGAUUUUAUCUCACCAACAACAAUAAAUAAAUUCAUACCGAUGUUUUUACUCGAAAAAUUUUUAAGCAAUUGCUAUACAAGUUGUUAAAUAUCUUUGACCAUUUCUUUUCUAAUUACCUAUAAUGCGUGUCUCGAUUUUGUACACAUGUGAUCUGAAAACGAAUAUAAGUAUGUUGUAAAUAAAAAUGUUAAAUUGUAAUAAAUACAGUGUAUACAGAUUGAAUGUAUUUAACGUUAUUGUAUAAUACGGUCGAUUUUGAAAAAUAUCAUCUCAUUUUGAAUUUA